AUACAUUUGUUUAUCUCGACACACUAGAUUAAACAUCAUAAACUAAUACAGAAUUAGGAGAAACGGGGAAGUUAAAAUUGAUUUGAUCUUAUUUCAUUUUAAACUGUAGCUUCAAUUUGAUGACAGCCAUGUCGCCCAAGUGUCUAUUUGUGUGCUUUUUGCUCCUGUUUAUCUUGCGAGAAGGUUUGUGUGCUCGAAACCCGGGCUUUAAGGCAAGGAUAACACAGAAAGGAUUUACAUACGCAAUCAAUUCUGCCACUGAAGCCCUGAAAGAAAAUGUACAGAAACUGAAAAUACCCGACCAAUCAGGCAAGGCAUCUGGCUUCGAUUACUCCAUUAACAAUAUUAAUGUAGUACAGUUUACAGCCCCAGCCAGUACAUUAAAUACUAUCCCAGGUGUUGGUCUGUCCUGGAGAGCAUCGGGUGCAGGAAUAAAGGUUCAUGGAGACUUCCAUUAUAAGAAAUUGUUUAUUAAAGAUAAAGGCAGUUUUGAUGCUGAUGUAUCCGGACUAUCAUUCAGUCUAGGACUGAACAUUGGUGAAGACACAAAUGGAAGACCGACUAUUUCAUCAACUGGUUGUUCCAGCAACAUAGAUCAUGUUAACUUCCACUUUAAAGGAGGCAUGUCCUGGCUAUACAAUCUUUUUAGAGAUAAAGUUGGAAGACUCAUUAAAGACACUCUCAAUAAACAGAUGUGUACAUUGAUUAACAAGGAAAUCAAUGAGGAUGCAAAAAAUAAACUUGCUCAAUUGAAAGUAACAACACCUCUUGGAAAGAAAUUUCUUCUAGACUACCGCCUAAUAAAGAAACCGGAAUUUCAGCCUCAGUAUAUGGACACAUUUCAUAAGGGAGAACUGUUCUGGUUGACUGAUCCUGGUACAGAAAGCCCCAUGAACCCGCCCCCUAUGCCUAAUGACACAGAUACAAGUAGUAUGUUAUAUUUGUGGAUGUCAGAUUAUAUGUUUGAUACAAUAGGUUAUACUGCACAGAAACAUGGCUUCCUGGUAUAUAACCUUACACAGAAAGAUCUACCACCUGGUAAUAAGGGUGCUCUCAAUACAACCUGUAGUGGUAUUCAGUGUAUUGGCGUCCUAAUUCCUCAGAUAGGGAAGCACUUCCCAAAUAUGAACGUUGAACUACAUAUGAACAGCACACAGGCACCAAAAAUGGAAGUUGCCAGUGGUGGUGUUACUCUCAGUUUUGCAGGAAAGAUAGAUAUGUAUGCAACAAAGCCUGGAUCUACAGCUGCACCAUUUCUACUGACACUACAUGCUACAAUGUCUACAACAGUUGAUGUUUAUAUGCAGAAGGAGCUGUUGUUUGCAAAAAUCAAAGAUCUAGAUUUAAAACUUAAAGUUGAGAAAUCUGCCGUGGGGGAAGUCAGUGAUUUUUUUCUCAACUUUUUGAUCAAGCAAGUGUUGAAAUCUUACCUUAUACCACAGCUGAAUGAUCUUGGUAAGAGAGGAUUUCCACUGCCAGUAACUGGUGAUAUAAAAUUCCAAAAUACUAAGAUUUCUUUUGCAAAGGACACAGUAUUGAUCAGCACAGAUUUGAAAUACAGCCGAUCAACAGAGUACGAGAUAGAUGAUCAUGACAUGUCUGGUCCACUGAAGUUCAAGCCAUUUAUCAGGCAUUAAACAUGCUUAUAUGUUUGAACACAUGUUUGAGAAACACAUCAUUUAUACAGUUAAUCUCUUGAGUUAAUAUUCAUAUUCAUGAGAGGAACAUUUAUACGUUUUAUCUUAUUUGUUAUAGAAUAAGCAGUUUUUAUGCUGUCGUAUUUUGACAGAGUUAUUGUGAUAAUUCAAAUAAGCAAAGAUUAAAAGGGUGUUCUUGGACAGGAAAUAUUUUUUCGAAAUUUAGCAAUAUACCAUUUGAUGUAGAUCUGGACCAGUGACUUGUGUGAAGAAUUUCAGAUCAUUAACUGGCUGAGUAGAUCUAAUAAUUUUAAUUGUGAAAAAGACUAAAAUGUGAAAAACGUUUAAAUGC